UGACCCAAACUCGAAGUCACGUGACCCAGGUUUCCAUCCUCGCCAUUUUGCAAUGUGGGGACACAGAAGCCGCGCUGUGUCUUCGGAAUAAAAGAAGACGAGCUCUUGUAUGUAUCUUCACCGUCAUGGAAGACGUCAACAAUGUCGCUGUGCUCAUCACCACCACCGCCUCUUCCUCCUCCUCACCGCCAUCCCACAUCCAGCGAGCUGCGGAGGAGCAGGAGGCCGACCCUCCUCAGCGGUUCCCGCACAAACCAGCCGCCAACUCUCUCAUCCAGGUCAUCGAGAAGCUGAGUAAGAUCGUGGAGAAGCGACCGCAGCAGCGCCGCUGCACCCUGACAGGACAGAAGGUUCAGCACAGGGGAUGUGAGGGUGAGAGGGACAGCGUUGGAGAAGAAGGAGGUAGAGGAUCACCCUACAAGAAGGUCAGGAUGGACGUUGAGGCAGAUGAGGGUUUGGAUGGUGACCUCAACAACAACGAUGACGUGAACGCCACCGGGGUGGAGGAGGAGCAGAAGCAUACGUGCUACCAGUGCAGCUUGUGUCCCUACAUGUCGGCAACGCUGGCCCUCCUCAAGGAGCACCUGAAGCAGCACAACAAGCAGAACCAGGACCUCAUCCUCAUGUGCUCAGAGUGCCGCUUUAGCUCCCGAGACCAGGUGCAGCUGGAGGAGCACGUCAGGAUGCACCUGGACAGCACGCACGGCAAAGACUCGCCUGCGUGGGAUCCUCUUGGUGAGGACGGCGGCCUGGUUGGGUCGGAAGGCAACGCGAGCUCCCCCGAGCAGCAGCAGCAGCAGCAGAAGAAGAAGUGGUACAGCUACGAGGAGUACGGCCUCUACCGCUGCCUGAUCUGCAGCUACGUGUGCAGCCAGCAGCGCAUGCUCAAGACGCACGCCUGGAAGCACGCCGGCCUCCUCGACUGCUCCUACCCCGUCUUCGAAGAGGAAGAAGAGCCUCCCGCCAAGCGAGAGUCGGCGGCCGUCAACAACACGGCAUCCCAGAAGCAGGUGGUCCUCCUCUCGCCGGCCGCCCAGGACAAGAUCCUGCAGAAGCUCCCCACGGCCUUCAAGCUGCAGCUGUGCGUGCCUCUUCCAGCCGGCAGCAAGCAGGACCUUGUCAGUCCGCCUGGCGCCGCUAAAGGCGAGCGGGAGCACUACCCUGUGAAGGACGUGACCGGUGGCGAGCCCAUGAUGGAGGUGCAUGUGACCACUGAGACGGAAGAGGAGCUGUCCUCGGUGGCGGACAGCCUGCUGUCGUCAGCGCAGAAGAUCAUCAACAACGAUCCCAACAGCGUGGGACACAUGAACGUCAUCGUGGAGCGCCUGCCCUCGGCCGAGGAUUCCGUCAUGGCUGCCAAUCCGCUGCUGCUCGGCCCCGAUGUGGAAGACCAGUGCACCCUGGACGUUCCGGCAGAGGAACGGGAGAAGGAGGGCCAUAAUGGCGAGGAGGAGCUCGGCGCUGACAUCACGCCCUCCCUGGUUAGAAGUAAUUGCUCCCCGCCGGAUGAAAACGUACCUCCAGCCGGCCGCAAGAGGACCCACUCGGAGUCGCUCCGUCUUCACUCGCUGGCUGCCGAGGUCCUGAUCGCCAUGCCGAUGAGGACCGCCAUGCCGGCGAGGACCGCCGUGUCUACGAGCCAGAAAGCGGUGGCAGCAUCCACGGAUGGACCCGAGCCGUCAGAGGAAGAGACACCAGCAACCCUGCUGGACACCGACCUUCACUGCAAGGUCAAGGAGGCGGGACGCGGGGAUGGCGAGGAGGAAGGUCCAGCCGCGAAGGCCGGCAUCAGCUCGUCUCUGCUCACCGUCAUCGAAAGACUGCGGGAGCGCUCCGACCAGAACGCCUCCGAUGAGGACAUCUUGAAGGAGCUUCAGGACAACGCCCAGUUCCAUGCUGGCGCCGUGCUGACCGCCAAUGGAGCCCAGAGUUUUGUCUGCAGCGUUCCGGACGCUCUGGCGGCGCCGGCCGAUGGGGGGCUGGUGGACUACAUGCCUGGUAGCGAGCGGCCGUACCGCUGCCGCCUGUGCCGCUACAGCAGCGGCAACAAGGGCUACAUCAAGCAGCACCUACGCGUGCACCGCCAGCGCCAGCCCUACCAGUGUCCCAUCUGCGAGCACAUCGCCUCGGACAGCAAGGACCUGGAGAGUCACAUGAUCCACCACUGCAAGACCAGGAUGUACCGGUGCCAGCAGUGCCAGGACGCCUUCCACUACAAGAGCCAACUGAGAAGCCACGAGCGGGAGCAUCACAGCGUCGUCUGCGACACGUCGGCGCUCACAGCCGUGGUGGAAGCGGCCGGCGUGGUGGAAGACUGUGAGCAGGAGGUGGACGAAGAAUGUGCUUCUCAGAAGACCUUCAAGUGUGACGUGUGCGACUACACCAGCGCCACGUACGUCGGCGUGCGGAACCACCGGCGCAUCCACAACUCGGACAAACCUUAUCGGUGCUGCAGCUGCGACUUUGCCACCACCAACAUGAACAACCUGAAGAGCCACAUGAGGAGACACCCUCAGGAGCAGCAGGCGGUGCAGCUGCUGGAGCAGUACAGGUGCUCGCUGUGCGGCUACGUGUGCAGCCACCCGCCCUCCCUCAAGUCGCACAUGUGGAAGCACGCCGGAGACCAGAACUACAACUACGAGCAGGUCAACAAGGCCAUCAACGAGGCCAUCUCACAGAGCAGCCGAGCUCCUGUCAAAGUGUCCUCGCAGGCCGACGCCAACCAGGCCGACGCCAACCAGGCCGACGCCCACCAGGCCGACCCCCAGAACCUGCAAAGAAAGGUGGAGGUGCAGUCCCGCCCCGGCAUGGAAUACUGCGUUCUUCUCUUCUGCUGCUGCAUCUGCGGCUUUGAGUCCACCAGCAAGGAACGUCUGCUGGAGCACAUGAAGGAGCACGAGGGCGACCUGAUCAGCAUCAUCCUCAGCAAGGAGCAGCAAGCGCCCCCGCCCCCAUAAACGACUCAAGUCCUCCUUCUCUUUUACCUCAAACCACAUGGAAGCUCACGGUCCGGCUACGUAGUGCUCGGGAACGUCCUUCAAUCAACAGGAUAGGAAUCCGCUACCGUACCUCCGCCAAGGCAGCACCUUCAGCAUCUUUCCAUCCUCUCACUACAUUCACUGGACCAUGCCAUGCCCAGUGGCGUGCAUGGUGGACGUCCACAAGCGUUUGUUUCCUUUUCUGUUGCCUCAGCCUGCUAGCUAGUAGAACAAGUUCCCUGGCGGAGGUACAAGCUGUUUCCUCUGAUCCAAGUUCAUACCUCAAGCAACCAAACAAGCCCUCAUCCUCCAACGUGUGAGCAGCGCAAGCAAGGCAGCUCUUUUCUAGCAGCUACUGUAAUAUUUGCUGUAUUAAUAUUUGCUGUAUUAAUAUUUGCUGUAUUUAAUAACGCCUUUAUUUAUCCCACGCAUCUGCAGACUGGUGGAUGUUUGUUGUUGUUGUUACGCUUUCUUUCUUUCUUUCUUUGUAGGACUCAAGUUGGGAACGGGAUGCCAACAGAGGGAAUGCAUUUUUUAUUCCGUGCUCAUUUCCUGGAACGGUGCCUAAGCGGGAAUGUGUAGAGUGUCAAGUUCCUUUCUUUUAUAGCCCGACAUCUACCUUCUAUUUUUAUAUCAUCUUUUUGCUGGGUCUUUUUAAAAGACGCCUCCCAGCGUAAAACAGACGGCGGUGCCAGAUGAUGCUCAAUAAAAGCUGUCAAGCUGCACAAAAACAUCAAUGUGUUGUUUUUCCAGGAAGUGAUGGUCCGUCGGCGCGCAGCUUCCACGCUGACGCAAACACACGCUCUGCUUUUCAAAGCCAAUCCCUUGACUGCAGCAGACAGAAAAGACCAUCAUGCUGCUUCUUUACUUUC